CGCGUUUCCGUGUAUUAUAGCGGUUAGACUGAAACGUUAGCGAGCUAAAGUUAACUACGGUUUAUUUUACACGAUGGAGAGUCCUGAAAACACGAACGUGACCGUGAAAAUAACCGUUCUCCGGGCAAAUAACCUGCCCAGCAGAGGUGACAGCUUCCAGAGUUUUGUGACGGUUGGGAUUGAAGGAACUCUGCUGGGAGAGUCGGACAGGAAGCCGGUCGAUCCUGUGGAGCAGUGCGUCGACUACAACUUUACCUGCAGCUUCCCCUGCCUGAACGAUGCUGAGGCUCUCAGCGACAUCGCCCAAAAACUGAUCAUACUGACAGUGAUGGAGGUUCUUCCUGAGGAGAAGAACAGCGAGGUGAAGACGGCGCCGCUGGGCCAAGCUGUGGUGGACCUGAUGCCACUGCUGAAAGGUCAAAGCAGCUUCUCCUCUACAGUCCCAUUAAAUCCAACCUCAGCCAAAGAGUCCCCCACCAACUACAGCCACAAGCCACAGAAGCGACCCGAUGAGGAGGCGGCAGGUAGAACCAGAGAGAAACAGGUGGCCCACCAAGCUUUUUUAAAAUGGAAGGCAGUAAUCCCACCAGGGACGAGUAGAGCCAGGCCAGUCAGAGUUAACGUAAAGCCGUCCCUGGAUGUGUUUGUCAGCGUGUCGGAGCCGUUGCUGCCCGAAGCCGGACUCUCAGCCUCCAACCUGCUGAAGGUAACCAUGGAAACAGCUUUCUCCAUCCCCGAGGCCUGGAUGCAGCCAUCAGGUCCAAAUCCGUGUACGUACGCUGCUGCUCUGGAGCUCCCGCUGACUGCAGAGAAAGACCAGGUGCUGCUGUUCUAUGAAGGGCAGCUGAAGGCAGGAAAACAGAAGGAGGACAAGGACCGUCAGAAGAAGUGGCCUCAUCGCGCCUCACUGGUCCCAGAUAACCACUUCAUCCCUGGAGCCUUUUUCCAGCCAGAACCGAUCGAACAGGAAGACGGAGAGCUGACCGGCGUAGAAGAUCGAGUAUUUCGAGAUGAAGCAGAAACCAAGAAGAGCACAGUGAGCUGGGACACUGAGAUGUGCUGCUUCAUGGAUGCAGGAGGAAGCAACAGGCUGCAUCAGAGGAUCUCGGAGAGCAGACUGUGGCCGGUGGAGGUUAUGAGGUCUCUGGUUCCACUGGCAAAGCUCGGUGAAAGCUCCCCAGAGAUUCCCUUCCAUGGUGUUGCGUUUGUGGACAUGGGGAAGCUGCUGUAUCCCGGAGUAAAACGCAUCCGAGGAGCGUUUAGUGUUCAGCUGUUCACUGAGGCUGAGCUGCUCAGCAAGGCCAAGCGGACUGUCAGCGUGUUGAAGGAUCAGGUGAAGGCAGCAGCCAACCAGGCCAAAGCUCGAGCCAGAUCAGCCCUGGGCUCCGACAAAUUAAAGGCAGUGAAGAACCUGGACGGAGGCAACAAGGGGGCGAAGGAGCUGGGCAGAAAGAGCAGGGCGGCUGUGGCUGACAACAUCACUGAGAGCCUGUCUGAACCUGAUCCUGCAGGGAACACAGAGGGAAAUAUGUACACGGCAGCUAGAACUUAUAUCAUCAUUGAAAUAGCUCUGGAGAAACCGCUGGUCCCCAAACCAUCUGCAGAGGAGCUGACCAGAAGGAUGAAAGCGUUGAUCCCACCCAGACAUCCGCUGACGUCGGGUUCAAGCAAAGCAGAGAGAGCAGUGAUGGACUUCCACAGGGAGGUUAACAACACGGUGACCCAAGUUUCAGAGCAGUACCGGGAACUGUUUGGUCCUGAACCGCUGCAGAACUGCAGCUGCGAGCAGAUGAAGGUUCAGCUGAUGGGAGCGUUGAAUGUCUCCGGGAGAUACUUCAGCCUCAAGGAGCAGAUGAAGCAUGCGGUGGUGAAGAUGGUCCGAGACAAGAUGCAGCGUACGGAGCCUUUUACGGACCCCCACCAGCUGAAGACGUUUGUCAGCAAACUUUACGUCGACCUGGUGGAUGAGAUGCACGUAGCUCUCAGCAAGAUUUAUUCCAGCGACGUGCCUGAAGACUCCUCAGAUGAAAUCCAGCUAAACUCCUCUCAGCUCAGACAUUUUGCCAGAGAGGCUCAGCUCACAGGGAAUUAUCAGCAGGCUGCUCAGUACUAUCAAGAGCUGGUGGUGAAGCAGCCCAGUGAGCCCUCCCACAGGUUGGACUGGGGAAGUCUGUACAUGCUGACCGGAGAAUACAUGAAGGCUAAAGAGUGUUUCCACGAUGCCCUGUCCAUCCAGCCAACGCACAAACCCAGCAUUAUGAUGUGUGGAGUCCUGGCCGUGAUGUUUGAACAUUAUGAGGAGGCCCAGACCUUCCUGGAGACGGCCGCCAGCUUAGACCCUCCCAGUGUGGCGGCCUGGAUGCUGCUGGGUUUGCUGCACGAGAGGCAGAAUGAAUCCUUCCUGGCUGAGAGAGCUUUCCUAGAGGCCAGAAGUAUUCUGAGCCAAGAUGAAGCAAAGAAGCAAACCCAGAGACAAGAUGAGAAGAAAUGCAAACAGGAGAAAGAUAAGGAGAAUAAAGAGGAGGCAUCUUCUCCUGUACAGUCUCCCACUGAGCAGCAAGAGCCAGAGAUCGUUGACCAGGACUCAGAGAUGCACAAAGAGCCUCCAGCUCAGAGCUUCAGCUCCACAUUGACUCCAGCCAAACUCCCCUCCGCCGUUUACUGUGAGACGGUCCGGUUCCUGCUGCAGAACAACGCCCUGCAGAUGGCAGAACAUGCUCUGUCCCAGGAGCUGCUGUGUUCAGACGGAGGUCGUAGCGUUUCCUACCUGCUUCAUCUGACUGAGCUACAGCUGCUCAGAGCCGACUACUGCAGUGCUGCUGCCAGCCUGCAGGAGGCGCUGCUUUAUGGAGAUCAGGAAGCAGCUAUGUGGGUUUUGAACGGUCACUGUCACUACCUGCAAGGUGCGUUCAACGAUGCCCAGCAGAGCUACGAGUGGAGCCUCACCUUCCUUCAGCAGCCUUCAGAUGUCCACAUCGUCCUCCUCCGCCUGGGAUCCAUCUGCCUCCUGAAGAAGGAGUUUGGAAAAGCCAAAGUUGUCUACCUGCAGGCCUGUGAACAGUCUCCAUCCUGCCUCACCUGGCUGGGCCUCGGCAUCGCUUGUUACCGGCUGCAGGAGCUGAGUUUAGCAGAAGAAGCUCUGACUGAAGCCAACCACCUGGACAACCAGAACCCAGAGGUUUGGGCUCACCUGUCUCUGCUCUGCCUCAAGACUAGAAGACUAGAAGAAGCAGAGCUGUUUCAUAAAUACACUGUAAGGUUCAACCUGCAGAAUGAAUCUUUGCUCCAAGAGUUUGAAGAACUGAAGGAAAGUUUUCGCUUCAAUCAUCUGGCGUCUUGUUUCCAAAGCAGCGGUGAAGCAGAGCUAACCUACCAUGAGCCAGGAGUGCAGGACGAUGCUGAAGGUCAGGUAGAGAGCAGAGAGCAUUAGCAGAGAUCUAAAUCUCUCCAACAAGACGGCGACCAGGCCCACCUGGAAGACGUAGGUGUUGAAGAGCAUCAGCAGAAUGAUGAUCAGGUUGAACAGGAUGGAGAUGUCCUGGAUUCUGGAGCAGGAAAACAGGAAAAGACGAGGAAGGAGGAGGAGGAGCUUUUUGUUAAAUUACAGAAAAAAAACACAUGAAAACAUGGUCAUUUAUUUGUUAUUAAACACACGUCACACACAUUCACACAAUUUUCUUUCAAAUAACCUCAAAUAUCUGUAAAAUAACAAUAUAUUUGGCAGAUUUUAUUUUUUUUAAAUUCUGUGAUUUUUACCAGAAAUUAAAUGAAAAUUGAAAAUUACAGCUCUAAACUUUUUAAAACUUACAAAGUUUGUAUUUUUUCAAUUUGUUAUUUUACAAUGUGUGACCAUAAAAUGAUAAUCUGCAUUAAACUAACUUAAAAAUGUAAUAUUUUCUGGUCUAGAUUUUAGUAUCCGAGUGGUCUAACCCACAACCUAAAUAUAGUGGAAUGAUAGAACAUUCUGGACAAAACUUUGAACCCAUUUUUCUCCAAAACUACAGAAAGUAGGUUAGACCACUCUGCUUCCAAAUCUUAUUGUCCAAGUUGCUUCAAAAAUUAUCCAAAAUUAUUCAAAAUGUGUCCAUAAUGACUUGAAAAUUAUCUAGAAUUACAGUAAAUUUGUUCAGAAUGACAUGAAAAUAGUCUAAAGUGACUGGAAAAUUAUCUAAAAUCAGUCAGAAAUUAUCUUAAAUGCUAAAAAAUGAUCCAGAAUGACUGAAAAUUUGUAGAAUGACACUGAAUUUGUCCAAAAUGCUUUAAAAAUCAUCCAAAAUGACUCAAAAUUUAUCUAAAAUGAUUUGAAAAUAAUGCAGAAUUGCAGAGAAUUUCUCCAAAAUUCCAGAAAAAUUGUCAGAAAUGACAAAAAUCUUCCCAAAAUGACUCAAAAAUUGGCCAAAAUGAUUUAAAAAUGUACAAAAUGACCCAAAAAUUGGUCAGAAUUUCUCUCAAAUUAUUAAAAAUGAUCCAGAAUGACUGAACAUUUGCAGAAUGACACUAAGUUUGUCUGAGAUGCUUUGAAAAUCAUCCAAAAUGACUCAAAAUUUGACUAAAAAUUGCUUGAAAAUGAUCCAAAAUUUCAGAAAAUGUGUCCAGAAUGACACAGAAGUGCUUCCCAACCCUCCAGUUUCCCUUUGACCCAGAGGUAACUUUGUGCUCCUGUUGGACUCACAUGAAGAGGACCAGCUGCACGGCCGGCUCGGUCCUCAGCAGCUCGCUGAAGGAGUUGACGAACAGGUCGAAGGUGAGCAGGCUGAGCUGGAUGAGCAGCACCAGGGAGUAGUUACUGGCCUGCAGCGCCUCCGGCCCGAAGGCGGCGCGUCCGGACGGACUGUGGUUCCACUGAGGAUCCAAGGCUGCAGCGAGCGCUCACAGCCCCCACAUAGAAACAUGAACCUGAACGCAGCACCAGGCGUUCGCUGUCUCCUCUCAGCUGGGACGGUUCAGCGUCAGGGCUCCGGCUUCUCUGACAAAUCCUGGAUGUCGGAGAGGAAGCGGAGUCCUUCAGAGAGCUGGAACAUGGACGUCGGCAUGGUGGAUCCUGAAGCUGCUGAAGGUUGAAGGGUUCAGGAGGAGUUCCUGCUGCAGAGAACCUUCAGGUCAUCAUCAGUGGAUCUGUGGAAGGAGAUCAUCUUCUACCGACACCAAACUGCAGCUACGACACAAACCUGGAAGAGGAGCUGGAUUUGUGAGGUUGAAGUCGUGUUUUUUCCUCCGAUCGCUGCUGAAUGAUGCUCCAGGCGGCUCAGACUGACAGCUUGUGUCCCAGCAGCAGCUUUUAUCCUGCAGCUCUGGAGUAGACAGGAAGCAGAUUUCUGGUGUUUGCAUGCAGCUCACUGGCAGCAUGUGGAGGGAACGUUAUGGAUAUAUUAUGCUGUGCUUUGCAAGUUUGAUCAAUGCUUCUGCAAACUUAGACAUUGCAUCUUAAGAAUCUGGUGUUUUCUGUUCAAUUGUGGCUUGAAUUUCCUCUUUUUUUCAUUGAAUUACCUAAUUUUUUACCUCUGCUUUUGCUUUAUUUGCAUGCUUGAUAAAAAUAUCCUUUUUUCUGCCUCGUCCAACCCUAGACUUCAAUGCUAAAUAAUGUUUUAAUGCUCAUUUCUUUGGCUCUCUUUCUUUGAAAGUACAGCAGGUUAAAGCUACAGGAAAUGUGUUCUAAGUGUGCACACCGAGGGCUUUUUCAGUCACAUUUCCCUUCCAGAUUACGGUAAUGCUUCUAGGAAAGACGUCUGGAGCAAAGCCAGAAGGAAAAUACUGUCAUCUAAUGGUCAACACAUCUCACUGCAGAUAAAGGAAAUAAAUAAACUAUCCUGAAAUAAAGUAUAGGGUAAUAAGUAGUGUGUUAAUGACAUAGAUCUGUAGUUAUUGCACAUUCUUGACUAAACACUAGUCAAGAAGUGAAAUGAACUGAGAAAUUAAAGUGGUUCAACAAAACAGUUUGCAUCAAUCUUCAACCAUAACUGUAAAAAAAAGAAGAAAAAUCAAGCUAAAGCAUAAUGUCCACAUCAGUUUUAUUUAUUUAUUUUUACAAAUAUUUAUUUAUUCCUUUAAAAUGUGUGAUGUAAAUAAAUU